CGCCUCCCUCGCCGCCUUGCUCUCCCGGAGACCCCGGCCCGGAUCCGCCUCCCGCGCGCCUCGCCUCGCCUCGCGCGCCUCUCCUUCCGCACCCGCCCGCCCGGAGCCCGACCAGGGGGACCCCAGCCGCCCAUGCCGUGCCGCCCCGGCCCCGCCGCCGCGCGCCCCGCCAGCAGCAGCAGGAGCAGGAGCAGCAGCCGCCUCUCGCGGCCCGGCUGGGAGCUCGCCCGCCGCCCGGCGGCAUGGAGUCCCAGUGCGACUACUUCAUGUAUUUCCCGGCUGUGCCCUUCCCGGCCCGCGAGGUGCUCCUGGGGGAGCCAGGCCGGUACCGGGCCUUGCCCCGGAGGAACCAUCUCUAUCUGGGCGAGACGGUCCGCUUCCUGCUGGUCCUGCGGUGCCGCUCGGGAGCCGGCGGCGCUCCGCGGCCGCCCUGGGGGGAAGUGGCAGGCUCGCUCUCGGCCCUGGCCAGCGUCAGCCCGGCCGGCGGCGGCGGCGGCGUUGGAGACGAGGCCCUCCUUGGUGAAGCAGCGGAGGAGGGCGCGGCUGCAGCCGGAGAGGCGGCCGCCAACGGAAGCGUCUUCCGGGAGUGCCGGGCGCUCCUGACCCACGGCCAUGGCACCCCGGGAACGACUGCAGUGGCCGUCCCCCCCGAGGAGCCCAUCGUGUCCACCGACGAAGUCAUCUUUCCGCUGACCAUUUCUCUGGACAGGCUGCCCCCCAGCACCGUCAAAGCCAAAAUCGUGGCGACCGUCUGGAGACGCGACCAAGAGAGAGGCGAGGUCCGGGAGCGCGGCUACCUCAGCAUCUUGCAGGAUCGGGCCCCUUCCCAGAUCUUCCGCGAAGAGCAGGGCGCCUUCAAGGCGCAAGUGAGCACCAUGCUGACGGUGCUGCCCCCGCCGGAGCUGAAGUGCCAGCAGCUGAACGUGUCCGGGAAGCACUUGACGGUGCUCAAAGUUCUGAACGCUGCCUCCCAGGAUGAGCUCUCAGUGUGGGAUGUGCGGAUCCUGCCCAACUUCAAUGCCAGCUACCUUCCCAUGAUGCCAGACGGCUCCGUCUUGCUAGUUGAUGAUAUCUGCCACCAAUCCGGCGAAGUCUCCAUGGCCUCCUUUUGCCAGGUGCCCUCGGCCACUUCCGCUUGGCCCUGCUCCCUCCGGGCGCUGGAGGAACAGAACUUCCUUUUCCAGCUGCAGGCGCCAGAGCAGCCCCCUGACAGCACCAAAGAGGGCCUGGAGGUUCCUCUUAUUGCGGUGGUGCAGUGGUCGACCCUCAAGCUGCCCUUCACAAGCAGCAUCUACACGCACUACAGGUUGCCCAGCAUCCGCCUUGCUCGUCCCAGGUUUGUGAUGACUGCAGAAUGUGAGUCGCCAGUUAUCUUGCACCGGCGCUUUGUAGUUACGUACACACUCAUCAAUAACUUGCAGGACUUCCUGGCAGUACGCCUGGUCUGGACGCCAGAAAGUGCUGCUGCAGGGAAGAAGCCAAAUGUCUGCGAUGAAUGCCGUGCCACACCAGACCCUCAAGACUCCAUUGUGUGCCAGACCCCCCUCAACAACCUGGGAUUCUCCCGCAAGGGCAGCGCCCGCACCUUCUGUGUCACCUUCCAGGCCCUGCGUGCUGGCUUGUUUGAGCUGUCCCAGCACAUGAAGCUGAAACUCCAGUUCACAGCCAGUGUGUCCAACCCCCCUCCGGAGGCCCGGCCGGUCUCCCGCAAAAGCAGCCCUGGGAGCCCAGCAGUGCGGGAGCUCGUGGGGCGUCAUCAGGCCAGUCUCGGGCGCUCCCAGAGCUUCUCGCACCAGCAGCCGGCACGGGGACACCUUCUGAGGUCAGGAAGCGUCAUGGAGCGGCGGGCCAUAACUCCCCCUGUAGGCUCCCCAGUGGGCCGCCCUCUUUACUUGCCCCCGGACAAGGCUGCUCUUUCCCUUGACAAAAUUGCCAAACGAGAGUGCAAGGUGCUGGUGCUAGCGCCCAUCACAUGACAGAGGGGUCCUACCCCCUCCCCAGAAAGGGCAGUGCUGGCUGCAUUCAGCCUGUCCUUGGAACCAACCCACAGCAUGUGCCAUCCAGUCUCAGAACAAGAUCUGCUCCAGACACCUGAACUUUACAGGAUAACCCCCUCCUCGCCCAACCAGCCCCGUCUGCUCAGACCGGACUCAGCUGCGCCCUUGCUGAGAGCCUUUCCUGGCUGUGCCCCAGUUCACCCUUCCAGGGACCCAGGCCCCUCUCACCCACCCACCCUUCUCCAUUUCCUUCAGCUGAGCAGCAAGGAGAUUUUCACUCUGGGGGAGGGAGAAACUGUCUGAAAGCCUAGAGGAAGGAGCAGCUUCACCACACCCACCCCACCAUUAAAAGGCAAAGUGACUCCAGCCCCAGCUGGUAGAAGGAUACUUUUAACUGCGGGACAUUUCCAAAUGGAUUCUUCAUUUUCGCCCUGGAUUAGGCCACGGGAUAUGACCUGGAAGCUUCCCAGUAUGCUGUAUUCCUAGAUGGGGGAGCUCUAGCCUCCCCCUACCUCAUCAUCCCAGGUCCAAGCCACUUUCCAUUGCACUUUAUUUAAUUUUUGUUAUUUAUAUUUUUUAUUUGCUCAGAAGCAACUCCAGGUCUGUAUGUAUCUAUGUGCUUACAAAUAAACUGCACUGGCUGGCCGGCAAA